GAUGAAUAUUUCGAGAUGGAAAGGAGGCAAACCUAAAGUCUAAAGACACUCCUUACUCCUUAGAAAGCUAGUAGGGUUCGAGGUUUAAGCUCAGGUAUUUCACUGUAGCAGCAGCUAUGGAGACGGUGGAGGAGACGAAACCCGGCUCUGGUGCAGGAGAGAAGGACAAGAAGGAAGUGAAGGACGUGAAGGAGAAGGAGGGGCGUGACCUGCUUGGGUCGCCGACGUUUAAGGAGUUGGAGAAUGGUCGAUUCAAAUGCAUAGAGACCGGCCACGAGAUGCCUGCCAAGGAAAUGGGGUCUUACGGUGAGAGCAAGCGCUGUCGAUUGGGUCUCAUUGACGCUGCUCUCUCUCUCAAGAAACCUCCCCUGAACAUGUUCAAGCAGGACCCUCUCAGCCGAUCAAAGUUAAUAUGCAAGCUGACAGGAGAUACCAUCAAUAAAUCCGAGGAACAUAUAUGGAAGCAUAUAAACGGGAGAAGAUUCCUCAAUAAAUUAGAACAAAAGGAGCAAGAAAAUUUAGCAUCAUGUGGCACAGUACUGGAAGAGAGUAAGCAGCUGUCUCGCAAGGUUUCAAAACCAAAAGUGAACGGUAAGCAGCUGGCUCACAAGGCUUCAAAACUAGGAGAGGAUGGUAAGCAGUUGGCUCACAAGGCUCCAAAACUAGAAGAGGAUGGUAAGCAGCUGUCUCACAAGGUUUCAAAACCAGAAGUGAAUGGUGUGGAUAUGGAUUUGAAAAACAGCACUGGCCUGGAUGUCUCUGAGCCAAGGAGACCUAGUGAUAAUGAAAGUGAUUCAGAAGAAGACGACUUUUGGAUCCCUCCUGUUGGGAGCCGCUGGGACAAUGAUGAUGGUGGAGAUCGAUGGGGUUCUGGUACAGACUCAGAGCAGGAAUCUGAGGAAGGUAUUAAAGUGGAUGGAGUAGAUGGAAGUGGCACCGAGUCGGGAGAGCUUUCCAGGCGAACGAAGCGAAUAUCCAUUGAAGUUGGACCCAGUAGCUUUGCCUCGAGAAAGAAGAAGAGCAAAACCAAUAACUGAGGCUGAACAAAGAAGUGGCCUUUUUCUUUGUUCUCCUCUCCCACAAACACUUUUAUUUCUUCCUUCUGUAUGCACAAGGUUGAAGCCUUGAAGGGCUAUCACAUGUUAAAACAGAUUUUAACCUUGCUUUAAUCUAUCUGAUAGUGUGAGGGGUCUUUAUGUUAGAUUAUCAAAUAGAAUUUUGUAAUUUUUGCGAGGCUCAACAAAAUUUCUGGAAAUAUUGUUGUAUGGAA